AUGGUGAAACGGCACACCACGUGCUACUGGCCGUCGGACGCGGCCCAGUACCCUCUGUACGGGAUCGACGAGGAAGAGGGCCCUCCAUCGUCCGGCCUCGUCACGUUGAUCCGCUGGGAACGGAAGGCGAACGGAGAAGAAACCAAGACGGAGCAGAAAGAGGAAGAGGAUGCUGGGGAAGAGAAGAAAAUUGAGCUGAGGGAUAGUAGAGAGAAGGAGGAGGAAGACGAAGAGAAGGACAAUCGAAGGGAGAGCGGCGUCUACGAAGACAUCGAGGGAAGCAAUUGCAGCAACGGAGGGGAGGUGAAGGGGAACAACUGCAGCAGCAACGGGGGGGAGGUGAAGGGGAGCAAGAGACGAACUUUGUCCUCGGAUGCAGACGGGGAUUCUUGGGGUUCGCCUGGGACGGAAUCCUCGUCCGAUGGCGAACCUGAAGUCAGGCACCCUCAUCCCGGGGGAGAUUCGUUUCGGGCGCGUAUCUUGAGAUCCCGGACGAGUAAGACGAGGUGGAAGGAGAAGAAAAGGGCUGGAACCGCUCUGAGCCACCUGGGGACUACCAACAAUUGCCACCAACCAGGACUUCCUAGCGGCCCGGAGCCCAUCUACCAAAACGACACCGGUCGGAGUUUCACUCGGUGGUUCUCUUGGAGGAAGGACUCCCAGGUGGAGAAGUGGAAGGCGAAGAAGAUGAGGGAGAACGGCACGGACAGUUUCCUCAAUGUCACCUUCCACAGGCGACAUCAGGCACCUAGCCUGCCUCCUCAGCCUGGAGGAUUGUCGCCGGAGCAGGUGAAACGGCGUCACAUCGUCGCCUCCAUCGUCCAUAGCGAAAACUCCUACGUUGCUUCAGUCCAGCGACUCGUCAAGGACUUCAAGAAACCGUUGGAGGAGAGCAAUCCGGGAAUCAUCUCAUCGUCGAAGAUCCAGACCCUUUUUUACCGCAUCCCCGAGAUCCUCCAGAUCCACACCCUGUUCCGGAUCGCCUUGUCCGAAUGCAUCCGGAACUGGGACUCGGAAGAGUCGAUCGGGGACGUGUUCGUCGCCUCCUUCUCUAAGGCAAUCGUCCUGGACAUCUAUUCGGACUUCAUCAACAACUUCUCGCAGGCGAUGGAUCUGGCCAGACAGGAAGCAAGUCGGAAAUCUGCCUUCGCCGAUUUCCUCAAGGUGAAGCAGAUCACGAGCCCAGAUCGCCUGUCCUUCUUUGGCCUAAUGGUGAAACCAGUGCAGAGGUUCCCUCAGUUCAUCCUCCAGCUUCAGGACCUACUGAAGCACACCCCGCACGGUCACCACGACCGACUGUCCCUCCAACUGGCCCUCACCCAGCUGGAGAGCCUGGCCGAGCUGCUGAACGAGCGGAAGAGGGAGGCAGAGCAGUUCCUCGCCUUCAGGGAGACUCUGAGGCACCUGAACAGCAAGUUCUCGCUGCGGUCCAUCGCGGACGGCAACCGGUUCCUCCUACGGGAGGACAACAUGACUCAGCUCGAAUUCAACAACGUGGGACUGGUGACGAAGACGAAGCCUCGCCGUCUGUAUCUGCUGAAUGAUCUCUUGGUCUGUGUAUCUGUCAGCCCGAAGGAGGAUUUCAACAGUUCCGAGCGCCUCACCCUCAAAUGGGCUUUCCCCGUUUCUGACCUAGAGGUGCAGGACACGAGCACGAGCCCGACGCUGAGCCGAGUCCUCACGGCCGGCCUAAACCGGAGCGGGAGCCUCAAGUCGGAGAAGAGCUCCACGUCCUCGGGCGGGGUGGAGUCCCUGUGCCAGGAGAUGAGCGAGCUCAUGCACGACUUCGAGAUCGUGAGACGGGUUGCCACGCUCAUCCCGCAGCUCAAGGGCAAAUACCAGGGUUUGAGUGUAGAGACGACACAGGCCAUCUGCGCCUCGAUCCAGAAGUCGAUUCAAGAGAAGGACGCCGAGAUCGCGUGGGUCGACAGCUGCUGCCUUCAGUUUGUGGUGAAGAGCAAGGGGAAGGAGGAGCAAUUCACGUUCCAGACGGACAACCCGGGUAUCAAGAGGGACUGGGUCAUCGAGAUGCGUUUGGCCCAGCUGGCCCUGGACGGGAACAACUCCCCGGCCUGGGACAUCCCCGAGCAAGAGCAGCGACCCAGUGCCCGACUUCCUCUCUUUGUCCGGUCGCUUUCUACUUUCGCCUCCAGACAUCAAACUGAGGUCCGCUGCGGCUGCUACUACACCGUGCCGCAGAUCAAGCCCGUCGGAAGCAUCGGGCAUGCGAGCUAUCUCUGGGUGUCCUCGAGCGACGGCGUCUCCUCCCACUUGACCAUCUACCUCCAUCACAACCUGGGGUUGAGGCAGGUGCUGGUGGAGGAUCUCGAAGAGGUCCAGGUGUCUUGCAUGGAGCACGUGCCGGGAUUCACUUGCGAGCAGGGGCUCAAGGGUCAUCUCGUCUGGCUCGGCACCCACAGUCAAAAGAUUUUGGUUUACUCGGCAUUGGAGCCGGAGAGGCUGGAGCAGCUGGAACUGAUCUCUUUGGCCGCUCCGGUGAGGCAGAUCAAGUACCACUGCGACGUCGUGCUGGUCGCCCUGGCCAUCAGCAGCAUUGUGGUCUUCAAGCGGGACUGGGACGGAGAGUGGAUGCUGAAAGAGGCACUGAACGUUGCCCUGGACGAGAGCCUUUCCUCGCCCGUCUCCUGCCUCUUGCCUAUCUCCACUUGCAUCUAUGCCGCGUGUGAUCGCAAGGUCUCCGUUGUCGACUGCCUCACACUGCAAGUGCUUAAGAGCUUCAGCGUCCAGCACGAGCACGCAGGGGAGGUGAACCUGCUGGCCCACUCCGGGAUCGGGCUGUGGAUCUCGAUGAAGGAGUCCUCCACCAUCUGCCUCUACCACACGGAGACAUUCAAGCAUCUGCAGGACAUCAACGUGGCCUCCAACGUGAAUCGCAUCCUUGGCGCGGAUCGUAACGAGCUCAUCACGGUCACGGCCCUGGUCGCGUGUCGGGGGCUCCUCUGGGUGGGCACCAACGUUGGGAUUGCCCUCACCAUUCCGCUCCCUCGUCUCGAGGGAGUGCCGAUCAUCUCCGGGAGGGCUAACAUUUCUUAUCACGCUCAUUUUGGGCCCAUCACCUUCCUCCUCCCCCUGCAGAGCUAUAUCACCCACAAUCAGACCCUUUACGUCGAUCCGGAACACGUGAUUCACGAGGAGGAGGAGCGCCUGAACAAGAAAGACCCGCAACUAACAAAAAAAGGGUUAAGAGGAUCCCGCGGUCAGUUUCCGAGUCCCGACAUCUCGGCGGCUCGACGACGAACUGGACUCGCCCGGUCCUCCAAGACCUUGCCCAAAGGUCUAGGACUGAUGACUGUGAACAGUUCUGCACCCCAAGACGACUGUGAUGUCUACGGCUUGUAUGGGGAAUUGAUGAACAUUAGGAACUACGAGGAGGAGCAGGGACUGGGAGAUCCGAUCUAUGAAUCCCUUCGUCGGAGCGACCCCGACCUUGCAGGUCUACCCGUCAAGGUCACGACCCUGGAUCGACGCCUCCAGAUGAAGACGUGUCGGCCACGUUCCCUGGAUCUGUCCAACUGGUCCAUGGACUCGAAGAACUCGAACCCGAGUUCGGGGUCCGAAGACGGCAGCGUCUCCCGCGUCCCAUCCUUCAACGCGAGCACCCCGUCGUCCAGUUGCAAGUCGCGGUACUUGGCGAUGGCCCCGGCGGAGACCAGGCGGACCCUCAUCACCGUCAUGGGCGGAAGGGGAUACGUGAACCUCCGCAAGCCGGGAGACAAGGAUGCGAAGACCCUGGCAAGGGGCUCGCAGGCUUCGACCCUCGCCCCCAAGGUCAACGCACGAGACGCUCACAUUGUCAUGUGGGAGCUCAAGGUUUAAUCAAAAUUCACUUUUAUUUUGGACAAAGCUGGAAGGCUGUGAUCGCCCCUUUUUUUUCCCUUAAGACAAAAUUGCUUAGCGUGAUGCUUUACGGCCUAUUUUCCUCGAUUUGGCAUGACUGGAUUCGCCUUUGUAGUGCUUUCGUUAUAUCGAUGGUAUUGUGGGAAUGAUGUGAAGUGCAGCUUAUUGUGGCAUUUGCAUGAUGUCUCCAUGAUUGCCCCAAGAGAUAAGUUAAAUGUUACCCUGGAAGGGAAGGGUCUGGUGCCAAAUAAACAAUACUGUCUCGAGCGAA